AUGACAGGAUGCUUGAUCAUUCCUUCUAUAAUUAGCCAUAAGUUUGAAUCUAAGUAUGAAAAAGGAUAUGGUAAACUUUCAUCUUACAAAAUAUACGAAAAGUUGGGUGAAGGAACAUAUGCAACUGUUUAUAAGGGUUAUAGCUUAGUAUCUAAACAAUUAGUGGCUUUGAAACGAAUACGUAUGAAAAAAUCCGAAGGUGCACCGUGUACAGCUAUACGUGAAAUUAGUCUUCUUCGUGGAUUGAACCAUGCAAAUAUUGUGAAACUGCACGAUGUUAUUUAUGAGGCCGGUUCAUUGACAUUGGUAUUUGAAUAUGGAGGAAGUGAUCUCAAAAGCUACAUGAGAAUGCAUAAUAAUCGUUUGCCUAUGAAUAUCGUCAGAUUAUUCACUUUUCAAAUAUUUCGAGGUCUUGAAUAUUGUCAUGCAAGACAAAUAUUACACCGGGAUUUAAAACCUCAAAAUUUAUUAAUAAGCAAAACUGGAGAUUUGAAAUUGGCUGAUUUUGGAUUGGCACGUUCACAGUCUGUACCAAUUAGAACAUAUUCCAGUGAAGUUGUAACACUCUGGUACCGACCACCAGAUGUACUGUUAGGUGAUAAAAACUACUCCGGUCAUAUUGAUAUCUGGGGAGCUGGUUGUAUUCUGUAUGAAAUGGCAACAGGUUAUAGUCUUUUUCCGGGUACUUCAAAAGAAGAUCAAAUUAAAAUUAUUUUUAGAAAAUUCGGAAUUCCACCAGAGUCCUACUGGCCCAAUUUAAGGACGAAUCCUAAAUUUUUAGAAUAUUUAAAUUCAAAUCAACAUAAUGAAAAGUGUGAAUCAAAUAAGCCGAAUUAUUCUCAGUCUUCUACAAAUCUUAAUUUAAUUGGCAGUAAAAAAUCCUCAUUUCAAAUAAAUAAACAGUUAUAUGAUGAAAAUUUCGAUUCUAUUGAUAAAUAUAAUGAAAAUAUUAAAAAUACACUGUCAUGUAGUGCAUCAAGAUUGAAUUUAGAUGGUCAACAAUUAUUAUUUGAAUGUCUUGCAUUAGUUGGAAAUCGUCGAAUUACAGCUAAUGAUGCACUGAAGCAUAUUUAUUUCAAAUGUAUUUUACCACCUGGUAUUAAUGUACAUGAUUUAUUACCAGAACAAUCGAUCACAUUACUUGCUAUUGAACAAAAUUCAGUUAGUUCUUUGCAGCGAUCUCGAAUUCAUACCACUAAUACUGAUACUACUAGUAAGAAUAAUGGUAAGAAACAUAGGAAUAAAAAUAAUUAUUCAACACAUCUAACUAAUUCAAUAUUUUACGGUAAUAAACUGUAUAGUAAUGAGCAGUUAUCAAAAAGUUUAACUAACUUAUCAACAGUUCGUUCAUAUCCUUCGAAUGAUUCAAAUUCAUGCAAUACACCCACAAUCCCACCAUAUGUUAACAAUAAAUUAACAACAACAAAACACAGAUCGGAAAACGAGCAUCAAAUACAAGCAUUUAAACUGGAUAAAACUAAAACCUCAACACAAUUACUUUAUAAUGAAAGAAAUAACAUCUCUAUUAAUACUACCACUACAACCACACAUCAUCAACAUGAACAUAAUUCUAAGUCUGGUGACAAUAAUAGUAAUAAUUCCGUUCAAAAUGACCAAAGCUCCGAUAUUGACACGUCACUUAGUUCAAACAGUCAACAUUUCAUUCCAUAUGAAAAAGUGUGUAGUCAGCAAUAUCAACCAGAACAAGUUUCAUUUUCGUCGUUAAAAAAAACAAGUAAAUUGAAUGAGAAAAUUAAAGAACCUGUUAGAAAAUAUAUGACGAUUUCUUCAGGAGAUAUGCAUAAAAUACUUUCUAAUCAAAAUAUUAUUGGUAAUAAUGUCAGCUAUAAUGAUAAUAAUCAUAAUAAUACUGAUAUCAAGAAUAAAUCUAUAAGUAAUACCUCGACAACUAAUCUUACAGCAUUUGUUAAACGUAAACUAUGUUCAUUACAAACAAAAGCUAAAGCAUCUCGAAAUCGUCUGAGAUCUUUGUCGACUGAUCAACUUAAAAUCUUAAGUUUAUCAUCACCAUCUUCAGAUUCUUCGAAAGAAAUUGAGUUGAUUCAUGCAAAUGAUUUUGGUGACGAUAAUAAUAGUAACAAACUAAAUAAUAGCGACACAUUUGUAAAUUCACGUAGUGUUCUUAAGAACAAAAUUAAUGACAGAAGAUUUGGUCAAAAGACAGAUCAAAAUAAACUAUCAAUUGACAAAAAUAUAAAUAAAAAUCAUGUUGAUUUAUCAAAAUCUAUACAAAUCAUUAAUAAAUCAUCAAAUAUCAAAACAAUUAUAACAAAUUAUUCAAAUAAUUCAAUGAAUCGUUUAAAUUAUAAUAAACAUUCUCAAUUAUCAUCAUCUGCAUUUAUACGAAUACAUCGGCCAAAUAGUUUUAAUUUAAAGAAUUUACAACAAAAUUAUUGUUUUCAAUCAAAUAAUUCAUUAGUUCAUUUAAAUUCUCAUCGUAAAAGUUGGAAUAGUUCUGGAUCAUCAAAUUUAGAUACUCCAUUUGAUGAACAGAGUGUAUUCAAAUAG